GAUGAUGUCCAGCAAAGAGAAAAAACGGUCAGUUUCUAGAGCAAUUCUUCUGCCCGCCACAUUCUAAUGUGAUUAGAACAAUCGGAUUACUUCUCUUCUCCAUGAGGUGCAUUUCGUGAAGCCAUUGGAUAUUCUAUCCUCUAAAUAAAAGAUUAAAUUAACAUGAUAAUUGAAGAUAAAUCCAGAAAUGCCGAUGGAUACAUGUCCAGUGAAUGGGACUCAAGAAAUUCCAAAAAAGGUAUUCUACGGCCUCGUUUUAUGAGUGCUGCUGAUUAUGCCUUUUAUCUACGGCGCCAUCUUGUUGCAGAAAGACGCAAAAAUGACCCGGGUGUCGGUCACCCAGGGGACGAGACACUAUCCGUUGGUAUCCCUAGGUUGUCCUUCCUACUCAGGAGACUAGAGGAGGACAUUCAGUCUUCGUAUCUUAGUUUUCUGGAAGAAUUUGUGUCAGAUGUGCAUGAAGGGGUGAGCUGUCUCCUCAACAUCCUGAGGACGAGCCAGGAGAGGCAAAAAGGAGCCGGACUCUUUACUUACGUCACCCUUAGUCGGGCAAAGCAAAGUCUAAUUAAUAAGGGCGUAAUUGAUGAAUUUUAUUGUUUGCUGUGCUUAAAAGCCUGUUCCAAGAGUUCUGAGGCAGUUAUAAAAAUUGCUGACCACAAAACAGGUCUCGCAACUGUUUCAUCCUGCAUAACAAGUUCUCAUGUAAAAUCGAGGAUUGUCGCUCUUGAAAUAUUAACCGCUGUAUGCCGAGCACCAGAAAUUGGCAGUAAUCGCGUUCUUGAAGCUAUGACGACAGUCAGGAUUUUGUUUGGAGAAUCAGUGCGUUUCAAAUUUUUAGUUUCUGUCUUGAAUAGCAAUCUCGCCAACUCUUCAGGUUUAGAGACGGUGACACUCAUAUUUUUAAACACUCUUCUGGAUCAAUGUGCUAAAUUAUCCGACAGGGUUAGAAUACAAAGUGAACUCGAAGAGGCCGGAUUCGAUGUGGAUUCACUAGAAAAGCAAUUAAGGCAGAAGUUUGGAAAUAGCCCUCACAGAAUUUGGGGCGAAAUAGAUAAAUGGAAAGAAUUGCACGUUGAUUUACAAGACGUGCUACAGAAACACCAUGAAAACAUAAACCUUAGAAAGGAGGUACAACUUUUGAAGGAGGCUUUGAAAAGACUUCGAGAUGAACGUAAAGGGAUUAUUAGCAUACACAAACAGCUUAAAGGUCAGUGGAACAAUGUGGAGCAAAGACUGCAAGAUUUGGCUUUAAAGUCUCGGGUAAUGGCCACGUCAUCGUCUUCCUCUGAUGAAGAGUCUGGUCGACCGGCCCCACCAAAUUCCCGUUACAAGACAAUACCAUCUAUGGAGCCCACUCACCACGAUUCUGAACUGGAUGAGAUACUCAUAGAUAUUCCCACCAUUCCAGCCGGAUCUAUACUGAAUCCUGAAAACGGGGCAGAUUUCAGGAUACCAGACACCCCACCUCCUCUGCCACCCAAUCAUCCCAAACUCUCCGAUUCUGGAAUCAGCAGCAAUUCAGCACUCGAUUCAGAGCUGGAUGCCAACGACUGGCACUAUCCGGAUGUCCCAGGAAUUAGAAUGGAAAAACGGCACAGUAGCGUGCGUGUCAGGUUCUCGGAAGGGACAGCAUGCAGGAGAUCCCGGUCUAGUGGAGGAGUAACUGAAAUACCUCCAGGCACAGUAAUAUUGCAGCCAGGUCAGAACCGAAUCAAAUGCGUGGACAUCUUAGGUGUACAAAACAUUCCUCCACCCCUGCCUCAGCGACCCGCAACCCCAAAGAGCCAAAAGAAAUCAACCAAGAAGCGUUCGUCCUCUUCUUCUAGAGACAGAAGCAAAGAGAGAGGAAAAUCUUUCUUGCCUAGAGCUCUGUCGGGAAACGAGAAAUCAAGAAACAACAGUCACAGCACUGGAAAUCUUACAACAGUUGCCAACAAUCACACUAUCUCUUCAGUAAAGUACCCAGGGAGCAACAAACUAUGGAACAAACAGCACCAAACUCAAUUACAGGCCAGACCAGCUUCCCAACUUGGAAGCAGUAUAGAUGGCAUGAUUCAUCGGGAGAUCGCUAGAGCUAUAAGGGAUAGACAUGCCUUGUUUGAUCCUUAAAUUAUAGAGUUAAUUCACACAUAUAGAGUUAAUCUCAGUUCUUGUUUGUGACAGGAACAAAAUGUUCCCAAAGAGGGUCGCACAGAUGGCUCCAAUAAUAGGAAACUUUACAAAGAAUGUAAUCAUGGUAUUGUGUUCCGAUUAUUGACGAAUGUCACAAAAAUGACUGAUGAUUAAAAACAAAACAAAACUGAAUGGAAUAAAAAUGUACGAUUUCAUGCGUCUUGCUGUAAUUUUUGUGAAUAACUUGUGUGAAUAAACUAACGCUUUGUUCGCACGAAGAUUCAAAAUUAAUUGCAA